UUUGGGCACCUUUACUUAUAUGAAAAUUGUUUUUUGUUUUGUUCUGCCCAGAAAAUUUUCAAAUCUUCGAAAACCGUGUACUUGAAAUGUGAAAUUAAUCAAUAAUGAAGGGCGCUUAUAGCUGAAGGUCAAGUAGAAAUCCAGCUAUCUCUCAAACAAUACGACUGAUAUCUGUAAGAUAAGGCUAAAUAUGUUCAAAUAAGGAAUAAUAAGCUCAAAUAUCAAUUUGAUUAUUUAUUUGUUGUCAGUGAUUCUGAGAAAUUAGUAGUGGCAGACAACAACCUAAAGAGUCAAGAUGGAGAUGUAUUUUGAGUUUAGCAAACGUUCAACAGUACUGUUCAGACAAUGGGCUUUCAACUCUUAUGGAGGCUUGGCUGGGUCAAUGGUAGGUUUAUUUGCCAUGGCAUUUGGAUUUGAAGCCAUCAGAUUUUACAGAGCUCACCUUCUGAAAGAAGCCUUAAUCAUUAGAAAAAGAAAUGUAGCAAGCGGAUCAGGAGAAUCUGCACAAUUAACCAUAAUGAGCAAAGCUCAUCUAGUCCAAACACUGUUCCAUGGAAUCCAAGCAAUUUUCAGCUACAUGCUUAUGUUAGUCUUCAUGACUUAUAAUGGAGGCCUUUGCAUAGCAGUCGUUUUAGGUUUAGUAUGCGGCUAUUUUGUUUUUGGCUGGAAAGUUCCCAAUGGUAAUAUUCUGACAGAGGAUUGUUGUGCGUAGAAUUAUUAAUUACUCUUGCUGUGAGUUUAGAAAAUUUAAUUUUUACUUGACUGAAAUGAUGUAAAUUGAUUAUUGAAAGUGGUUUAAUUAAUUAAUUAUAUUAAUCUGUUUCUAACAAAUAUCAAACUAAAAUAAAAUGAAUACUAAAAUUACAAUUUCAAAUUCUUUGGCGGGAUAUAAUCAGGAUCCUCAUUGUCCUUAUCAACAUUUCCAUAGGCACUAGGAUCCAUACCCUUUUUACUGAUCAUUGUCACAGUUUUUUCCUGAGAAUUCGGUUUCAUCAUCAUGGUGGCUACGAUUUCGUUUUCGCAAUCCUCUAGUUCCAUCGUGUGAAUUGGAGGUUUCAGUGAGCUGGUACUGGGUAUGUUUCCCGGAAGAGGCUCUAGCGAUUUUUUAGUUAAAACUAUUUGGGUGUAUUUCGGUGGUUGUUGGGUGCUCGAUGUCAGGAGUGGGCGUUUCAAGGAGGUGCUGGUGUUAGUUGCGGUGGAAGUUAUAACGUAAUUGGUCAUGCCUUUUGUAGUGGGUCGGUUUAUCAGGAGGUAUUUGUUGUUUGAUGAUGGAACCAAUUUUGGUAGUGGUUU